AGCGCCAGCCUGUACAACAGCCUCAACACCCUGCUGAGCCAAGUGCACAGCAAGCCGCCUCCGGAUGGUCGCACGUGCCCCCGGCCUCGGAACGACCUCCCCCGGGCCCUCAGCGGCAGGAUCAGCACCCAGCAGCAAGGGACCAACAGCGACUUCAGCGUGCCGUUGGACAGGCGCUCCCCGGGUCACUGGAGGUCAGAGGUCACCGGCCACAGACUCUAUGAGGAUGAGGUCUCUCACACCCCUCCUCCCCCCCCACGCCUACCUCUCUCUGGAAGGAGAGAUCGGGGAGGAGGCAUGCGAGGCGAACUGUGGCUCGCGUGUUUGAGACGAGGAAGUACACAGAGAUAUGUGUGCCUUCAUCAGCGUAUGUGGUGGCCAUUAAUCGUCCUCCGCCUGCCUGUUGAAACCGUUGUGCCUUCUGCGGAGAGAUAACUUGUUAACUAGCUUUAACGCGCAUGUUUUUUGUAUGCCCACUGAUUCUUUUCAGCAUCCUUUGCACUUGUCUGAUUGCAGAGGUGCAUCCGUCCCCCCGGACAAUGGGAACCCACAGCACCAGAAUUAUCAGCAGUGUUUUUACCAUGAGCACUUAUUGUGUUAAGCCAAUGGAGCCCUUCCCCUGAUGUCCACAGUGCUGUUACCUCUUAUGUGAUCUAAAUAAUAGUGUAAGCAUCUAAAAGACAUUACAAGUAUACUGAUUUUGUUUGAUCAAUAUAAAAAAUAUAUCUAGUUUUAUUGAAAGGCUACCUAUACCUAUGUGUCUUGGAAGAAGAACUUAUCUUCCUAUUAUUUUAUUCCCUCAAGUGCCAAAAAUCCUGCUGUCAAAUACUGUACGUGAUUUGUGGAAAAUAAUUGUGUGUUAUCUUCUUUUCUGAUAACUUAUUGUGUGUAAUUUGCUUUGCGCACCGUCAACGUUGAUCAUCUUGUUGUUGUAAUCUCUGUAAUCAGAUUUGACCUGUAUCAACAUUGUGCUGUCCAUAAAAAACUAUUGCGCCAAAUGUCUGUUUCUGUGCGUUUAAAGCAGCAUCAGUUUGAGAUUUACGCUCCUCUUUUUGUGCAACGCCUCCCCCCCUACAUGUAGGAAGCCUGCGCAUUGCCUUAGACUCGUGGGGCUUUCAGUCUGUGCGCGUGCAGCGGCUGUCACUCUGGUUUUGCCUUAUGCACUAAAGGGGAUGCAGCGAUUCACAACACCCUUUAUUUACCUACUAUGGUUGCAUCUAAUCUGUUCUAUGGAUCACAGGGGAAGCUGCUCGGUUUUGCAGCCUCCGAUGACGAGCAUCGGUCCUCUGCAGGCUGACAGCGACGGGCUGAGCCUCUCUCUGAGCUGGCGGGUGAACCACAGCGACUCCGCGGGCCACGUCUACGAGAUCCAGAUCCUCCGCGCUGGAAGCCAUGCUGUCGUUUACGAUAGAAAUCUCAGUUUGCCGCCUGUGGAGUCUGAUGCUUACACGUGGACGUGGACCUCUGACGUCCCUCUGAAGUGCGUGGAUCACUCGGCCAGGGUGCGACAGUUCUACAACCGGUCUGUCCCGAGUCCUUGGAGCAACUGGGUGACCAACUACGGAGCCCUGGCCCAGGAUAAGACCCAGAUCUUCCCCUCCCAGGAGGUGCUGAGGGAGAACACAAGCGCUGUGUUCUGCUGCCUUCCCAAAAGAAGAGACAAUGUUACCAAGAUGACCUUCAAUAACCGGGAAUACCCUCUCCUCGGCUUCGGGGCCAGUCGAGUCAAGGCCAUAACUGUGCACAACUUGAGCAUCCCGAAGACCUUCAUCAAACGCCAUGCAGUCUCCUGUAGCAAUGCCAGAGGUCAGAUCGGUCACACCUUCAACUACGUGAGCUUUCCUCCCCAGAAGCCUAGAAACCUCCGAUGCGCCAUCUCAGACAUGGUGAAUGUGGUUUGCCGCUGGGAUCCAGGCCGAUGGCGAGACCUAUACGAUCGCAACAAGCAAAUACACACUCUCCACGUAGAUAACUGGGACCAAGGACCCGUCGUCUGCGCGUGGUCGUCUUGUACUUUCCCAGCCGCCCCGCAGCGUGAACACUACAACAUCAGCGUGGUGGUGAAGAACCAGCUGGGAGAGGAGACGGAGAGCUACAGCUUCAACGUAUCUGACAGAGUGUUUCCCUUGGUGGAGGUGGUCAGGGUGAGCCCUGAUGUGUCUCAUGCCAUUGUCUCCUGGGCCGUACGAGGGGACUUGACCCGACUGGACUUCUUCUGUCAGGUCGCCACCGAGCCAGGCCGCAUCACUUGGCGGAGUUGUAAAAGCGGUCUCUGCCAAGUCCGACUGGAACAUCUGCUUCCAAACAGCUGCUACUCCAUGAGGGUCCGCUGCUCUUCCAGCCGGACGUUCUGGGGGGACUGGACCCAGCCCGUGUCCUUCACCACCUAUCCGAUGGUGACCUUGGACGUCUGGAGGAGAAUAAAGCGUCUGUCUGACCCGAACACUCGUCAAGUCACUCUACUGUGGACUGUGCAUGUUCCGGGCUCAGCAGCCCCCGUGAACAUCCAGGGCUACGUGGUCCAGUGGUCACAGGGGGGCCAGAACCGGACCGAGUCGAAGGGUGGCGGACACACCUGGGCGGAGGUCAUCCUUGAUGCGGGACAGCAUGACAUCACCGUCCAGGCCGUCGUCACUGGCUACGCCGUCCCCGCUCACAUCACGGUCCCUCGGAGCGAUGACGAGGGUGAGAUUAUCCUCCAUCCUCGGCGGUUGAGCAGCAACGCAGCCGCUGGUUUCAACCUGUCCUGGCGCCAUGCGGACUCCGCAACCUGUGGCUACACUGUGGAGUGGUGCAUCCUGGGAUGUGCACUACCAUGUACCACGGUGCAAUGGCUCAAAGUGCCAGAGGGAAACAAUACACUUGUCUUGUCUCCUAGACAUUUCAAAGCAGGCUGCAGGUAUACAUUUAAUAUCUAUGAAUGCACAGAAAAAGGACACCGACUACUGGCGGUACAGACGGGAUACUCACAAGAGCUCCGGUUUGUAAAGUCCCCGAGGUUGAUUGAACCGGUUCAGAGAACCUCGUCAUCUGUGAUGCUGGAGUGGAGUUACAGCGAGGACGAUCCGGCCCACCCGGGGUUCAUCACGGGUUAUCUGGUUACAGCACAGGAAGUAGGGGCUGAUCCAUUCAACGUGUCUGUGGCCGACCCCGGCAGGAAGUCUGUCAGCGUGGACGGACUGCAGCAGAACCAGGAGUACGUUUUCUCAGUGAGCGCGCUCACUGAGGGGGGGCCUGGAGAACCGACCAGGGUCACUAUCAGGACCUCAACCAACUAUUCUACUCCGUUGGCCAAGAUACUGCCCCCCGUCCUGUUGCUGCUUGGCUGCGCCGUUCUCGCGUGGCCUAAAAGAAAAAUGUUGAAGCAGAUCUUUGCUUAUCCUGCUGGUAUGAACAUCAACCCCCCCGAGUUGGACAGCUUCCUGUUUGAGACUGCAGAGCGGCUGCAGGCCCAGGAAGUGGAGCAGUGCAGCAGCUGUGCUGUAGAGGUCCUGAUCACCACGCCUCCUGUCGGAGGACCUGAGCCCCGUCCAGGGUCACUGCCCCGGCCUCCGCUCCACACAGACUACUGCCCGCAGUCAGUCACGGUGCUCUUGGAUAGGCCGGUCCGUCAGUCAAUCACAAACGAGACUUAUCUGCUCACACGGGAUACAUUUUGUGAGAGUCAGAACUUCUGAUCACUGGAAUGCCAUCUCAGUCUGGAACAUCUGGGAGUCUGCAGGAGUUUUGUAUGAGAAGGACCGAGAACUGAGCGCUUGAAAUACUGUAAAUAGAUGGGGUUUUUUUAUUAGACAGUCUUUUUAAUGUUAAUACAAGUAGCUUCUCUAUGGUUACCACAUGUUAAAAUGCAGUUUAUCAUAACAGAUUGUACAUGGAGCAGAAAACCGAGCAGGUGAUGUGGACACUAGUACAAAGUGGAAGUGAAUACCACAUGACGAACUUACUUCUAAGGUUUGAGUUGUUACUACUGGAUGCAACUUU